GGUGAGUAUUGAACAUUCAAAUUCCCAAUACAAAAAAGAAAAAAGAAAAUCGAUCUCGGUGUUGUUGUGAUAAGAGGAAUACAUAGUGAACCACCACCAGGAUCCAAAAGAGAACCGAGAUCAUCGCUUUGAAUAGCGGGUGGAAUGUGAAAAUUGCAUGGGCUGAGGAUGCCGGAGUUGCGAAGCGGAGUACGCAGAUCAAAACGGCUUGAUGAUCUUCAGCCUUCUUCUCAGCCUCAACAACAGCCUCAGAACAAACCUCGAAGGAGAGCUGCUGCUGCUGCUGCCGGACGCGGUCGAGGUGCUAAUGCUGUAGCCAAAGGACCUUCUCCAGCAGCUGGCAGAGGCCGCGGUGCCGCCGCCGCCGCCGUCAGGUUGAUUGAUUUAGACCCUGAACCUUGCCCUGCAGAUCCUGUCUACAAUCGUGUGCAAGUUGUUGUAGCCGAUAAAGACAUUGCAAUGGAGGGCGGUGGGAGCGCAGACAAAGCUUUGCCACUUGAAGAAGAUGCAGGCGGAACUCCUGUCCCCGAUAGGGUACAAGUUGGUAAUUCUCCCCAAUACAAGGUAGAAAGGAAGUUAGGGAAGGGUGGCUUUGGCCAAGUGUAUGUUGGCAGAAGGGUUAGUGGUGGAACAGACAGGACAGGACCUGAUGCGAUUGAGGUUGCUUUGAAGUUCGAACACAGAAAUAGUAAAGGUUGCAAUUAUGGCCCUCCUUAUGAGUGGCAAGUGUACAAUACACUAAAUGGAUGUUAUGGAGUUCCGUGGGUUCAUUACAAGGGUCGCCAAGGGGAUUUUUACAUUCUGGUGAUGGACAUUCUUGGUCCCAGUCUGUGGGACGUAUGGAAUUCUCUUGGUCAAAAGAUGUCUCCGAAUAUGGCGGCGUGCAUUGUGGUGGAGGCAAUAUCAAUUCUAGAAAAGCUUCACUUAAAAGGGUUUGUGCAUGGAGAUGUAAAACCUGAGAAUUUCUUACUUGGUCAACCUGGAACGGCUGAUGAGAAGAAGUUGUAUCUUAUUGAUCUUGGUUUGGCAUCGAGAUGGAAGGAAUUAGGAUCAAGCCAACAUGUUGAAUAUGAUCAGAGGCCUGACAUAUUCAGGGGAACAAUAAGAUACGCAAGUGUUCAUGCGCAUUUAGGUCGGACUGGAAGUCGAAGGGAUGAUCUUGAGUCAUUGGCAUACACAUUAAUAUUUCUUAUAAAAGGAAGGUUGCCCUGGCAAGGGUAUCAGGGUGAUAACAAGAGUUUCCUUGUUUGUAAGAAGAAGAUGUCCACAUCCCCAGAGUUGAUGUGCUGUUUCUGUCCUCCCCCAUUUAAAUUGUUUCUUGAAGCGGUUACAAAUAUGAAGUUUGAUGAAGAGCCAAACUAUGCAAAGUUGAUAUCCCUUUUCGAUAGCUUGAUUGAACCAUGUGUUCCGCUAAGACCAAUUAGAAUUGAUGGAGCUCUGAAGGUUGGGCAGAAACGGGGAAGGAUGGCACUAAAUUUGGAAGACGAUGAACAACCAAAGAAGAAAGUCCGAUUAGGUAGUCCGGCUACACAGUGGAUUUCAGCGUAUAAUGCACGUCGUCCAAUGAAGCAGAGAUAUCACUAUAAUGUGGCAGAUUCAAGGCUGCGCCAACAUGUUGACAAGGGUAAUGAAGAUGGAUUGUAUAUUAGCUCUGUAGCCUCUGCAGCAAAUCUGUGGGCUCUAAUCAUGGAUGCAGGAACAGGUUUCUCUUCCCAGGUUUAUGAGUUGUCAGCUGUCUUCCUGCACAAGGAUUGGAUCAUGGAACAAUGGGAUAAAAAUUUCUAUAUUAGUUCAAUAGCUGGGGCAAAUAAUGGGAGUUCCUUGGUUGUUAUGUCCAAAGGUACUCCCUACACCCAGCAGUCGUAUAAAGUGAGUGAAUCGUUUCCUUUCAAGUGGAUAAAUAAGAAGUGGAAAGAAGGUUUCCAUGUCACGUCUAUGACGACUGCUGGUAACCGCUGGGGUGUGGUAAUGUCCAGAAAUGCUGGAUUUUCUGAUCAGGUUGUGGAGCUUGAUUUCUUAUACCCAAGUGAAGGUAUACACAGACGAUGGGAGAGUGGUUAUCGGAUAACAUCUAUGGCUGCGACUUCUGAUCAAGCAGCCUUCAUUUUAAGCAUACCAAAACGUAAGUUAAUGGAUGAGACUCAAGAGACUCUGCGUACCUCUGCCUUCCCAAGCAGCCAUGUAAAGGAAAAGUGGUCCAAAAAUCUAUAUAUUGCCUCAAUUUGUUUUGGACGGACUGUUUGCUAAUUUGUGGUGUCUAUAUGUGGUUGAUACCUGAACAAUUUGAAUCAAAUUUUUGAGAGCAUUUUAAUAGUUGACAUUUGAGUAGCUUGAUGAUAAUCAUCUAUGUGCAAGUUGGAGAAAUUCAACAACCUCAUGAAAUAUCUUCUUCAACGAAAGGCGGGAUAGGCAAAAUAUAUAUAUCCCAACCAUCAUAAUAUGUUUGUCAAAGCCUUUGUUCUCCAGGUUAGUUUCACUUGAGAACAAAUAUUUUGUGAACACAUAUCAUAUUUUGUUGGUGUACACUAGUAAAUGAAGGCAUGAAGCUUCCUUUUA